ACUUCAUCUGGCAAUCAGGAGCAUCCACAGAAAGGCGGCACAAAUUUCACGGAGAUCCUAGGCCAGCCGGCCUGGCCUUUUCGCGCCACGUGUGCAGCCUUCUAGAGGGAGUUACAACCGUCAUGUGUGCAGCCCACAAGUGGAAGUUACAACCGCCAUGAAUGCGUGGACAGCUUUGCUUUCAAGCCAAGCCAACCAUAGCUUAGCUUACAAGCUAAGUAACCUUAGCCUUGCUUACAAGCUAAGCAACCCACCUUGGAGGCCUAUAAAAGGGAGCCCCCACCCCUCAUUCAGCACACACCAUUUGGAGAGGAGAAGAGUCCAAGCAAGAUGUAGUCCCACUUAGUAGAAUAGGGAGAGUGUGAGGUGAGAGUCUUGGCGAAAGUCAAGGUAAAGGAGCGGUGCCGAGUUCUCUCAGCCUUACUCCAUUUUGUAAGCCACCUCGGAGGAAUGGAAUAUCUUCGGAGUGAAGUUCCUUGUCUCUCAUCGCACGAGAACAAGAACACUGAUUCCGAAGCCACUGAAGUGAAUGAGGAGGAACCCCAGGCACACGUUGGUGCAACUGAUGUCAUGGAAACCUUCAAGGUCUGCCAUACCAGCUGCAAGAAGGUCAUGAGUGACGCAGCUACAGAAGCAAUUCUCUCAAUGGAGAAUGGGCAACUACCAUUGCCAAGUGAUGAGGUUGUUUCCAAGGUCCCCUCACAGAACAGCUCCAACAACACGUUCUUGAAGAAUGUUGAUAUAUCCACUCCUUCCUCAAAGUCUCCAUCGUCAGCUAGUGAAAAGGUGCUACGUCGAGAACUUGAUUCUGGAAAACAAGGUUCAACUAUUCUCCAUGACAAACUUGAAGAGUUAAAGAAGAAGAAUGAAGCAACAGAGGAAGCACUAGAGAGAACUUCAAGGCAGUAUGAUGAGCUCAAGAGCACCAGGAAGAGAGCGAUCUCAUCCUUCGGACAGUCUUGAACACCUCUGGCACAUCUUCUCAGACCUGAUCCUGUGUGUCUAGAUCAUGAACCUAAUUGUCAUGGUCUCAUGAACUUAUUUGGUUGUAACUUAAUUUUAUUGUGGUGUACUUUCUCGGAAUAAUAAUGUCGUAUCAUUUGUUGUUCUGUGAUGAAAUGGUUAUGUAUGAACAUCGACAUGUAAUGGACAUGUGUAACAUCCAGGUUUCGGGCACGUGGUGGUCCAAAACUGGCAUGCAGGAGAACGGGAAAAGAACACGUGGCACAACAAGAAUACGACAUGUGGCAAAGCCUGGGAAGGGCAUGCUGCCAUGUGACACGUGGCCAAGCGAGAAAGUGGCACGCGGGCUAGCUAGAAGACGCCACGUGUCAAAACCCUGAGGAGACACAUGGCCAAAUAAGAAAGGGACAUGUGGACACACAGCAACAAGCCACGUGUCACAAGCAUGAGACAUCACGUGGACGAAUAAGAAAGUGCCAUGUGGACAAGCAGGAAGAGUCCAUGUGUCGCAAGCAUGAGACAGCACAAAAGUGCCACUGUUGACGCUCACUAACGACCAUUUCCAGGCAUCAACUUGAUCAGAAAAUCAUGAGAGUUUGCAUUUCUUACACGUACUUAUAUUCAAU